AUGGGCGUCAGUAUCUAUUCUCUUGUUGCUAUAUGCGCUGUGCGGUACGCAUGUAUUGCGUACCCACUGUACGUACACUCGGCACUUGGGCGGAAGACGGCGUACAUAGCAAGUGGUCUCACGUGGGUGGCCAUGUUGAUUCUUAACUCGCCAAUCCCCGUCAUUAUGCUAGAGGACGCCGGGCGUCGGUGCACUUCAAGGGACAAGACGAACACCGUUUAUUACAUUUAUGCCUUCGUUAUCGUUGGAGCAGACUUUGCACUGCCUUUGAGCGUCAUAGCCGUGCUUUCGGUGCUCAUUAUCUAUCGACUCCGCUCAAUGCGCGAUGUGCAGAGACGCAUGUCCCAAUAUCAGGUGACUUGCGCGUCCCCAAGCAUGCAUCACGCUUCCAAAAGUGCCACAAAGCGUGUGAUGGCUCUGGUUCUUCUGGUCGUUGCCGUCUUUCUUAUCUGCUGGACCCCAGGCAUGGUUUUGUUCUUAUGGAACAUCAUAACAGUAUUGGGACCGGACAGUAGUGUCGUAUCUGGGAAAACUUCCUGUCAUCAAAGGGGUGUUAUGUACAUAGUACAAGACAUUGCUGCCAUUAUGGCUUUUAGCAGUUCAAGCCUGAACCCAUUGGUUUACAAUUUCGGUUCAGAGGAGUUUCGGAAAGCUUUCGUUCAGGCAUUAACGCCGAGGCACAUGUUGAGAAACAGACGGCGGAGUUCUGCAUCUGCCUCUGGGAUCGGUAUGAUAAGGAGGUGUGAAUUUAGUGCUCGUAGGACGAGAUCCAACAGAAGAUCAGAAGUUUGA